AAUGAUAUUCACAAAGUCGUGUACUUUCAAAGAAACAUCAUCCAAAAUGAAAUAUCUUAUUGUCUUGGCCGCUUUCUGUGCCCUUGCCUUGGCAGCACCAGCUCCCGACCAUGAUGAACAUGCUGAAAUUGUGAAAUUAGAUUCCAGUGUUGAUCAUGAUGGUUAUCAUUUUGAAGCUGAAACCAGCGAUGGCACAUCAUUCCAUGAAGAGGGCAAACUCAAGGAAUUCCCCGGUGACGAACAUGACCAUGAAAGCCAUCAUGCCAUCAUUGUCCACGGUUCUUACUCCUGGAAGGAUCAUCAUGAUGGCAAGACUUAUACUGUUGAAUAUGUUGCCGAUGAGAAAGGUUUCCAACCCAAGGGCGAACAUAUCAAAUUGAAUUAAACAACAAAGAAUUGUGACAAAUAAAACGAGCAAUGUGCAUUAAAAAUGCAAGCGAAAA